GCGUCCCGCGCGGGGUCCGGGGGCCUGGCCGCCGCGUCGAGCGCCCACUAGCGCCCCCUCCGGCGCCCGCGUCCCGGCCCCGGGGAGCUCGCGCGCGGCCCCGGCCCUCGGUCCGCCCCCGGCGCCCAUGAACUCCGUGUCGCCGGCCGCCGCGCAGUACCGGAGCGGGAGCCCGGAGGACGCGCGCCGCCCCGAGGGCCGCAGGCCGCGGGGCCCCCGGGCCCCGGACCCCAACGGCCUGGGCCCCUCCGGAGCCAGCGGGCCCACGCUUGGCCCGCCCGGGGCCGCCCCCGGGGAGCCGGACGAGGUGGACAAGUUUAAGGCGAAGUUCCUGACGGCCUGGAACAACGUCAAGUACGGUUGGGCAGUCAAAAGCCGGACCAGCUUUAGCAAGAUCUCCAGCGUCCACCUCUGCGGCCGCCGGUACCGCUUCGAGAGCGAGGGUGACAUCCAGCGUUUCCAGCGGGACUUUGCCUCCCGCCUGUGGCUCACCUACCGCCGGGACUUCCCGCCCCUCGGGGGGGGCUGCCUGACCUCGGACUGUGGCUGGGGGUGCAUGCUGCGCAGCGGGCAGAUGAUGCUGGCGCAGGGCCUGCUGCUGCAUUUCCUGCCCAGAGACUGGACGUGGGCGGAGGGCGCGGGCCUGGGGCCCCCUGAGCCGUCGGCGUUGGCUUCUCCCGGCCGGUACCGUGGGCCUGCCCGCUGGAUGCCCCCGCGCUGGGCCCAGGGCGCCCCCGAGCUGGAGCAGGAGCGCCGGCACCGGCAGAUUGUAUCCUGGUUCGCCGACCACCCCCGGGCCCCCUUCGGCCUGCACCGGCUGGUGGAGCUUGGGCAGAGCUCUGGCAAGAAGGCCGGUGACUGGUAUGGGCCGUCUCUGGUGGCACAUAUACUCAGGAAAGCAGUGGAGAGCUGCUCAGAGGCCACCCGCCUGGUGGUGUACGUUUCUCAGGACUGCACAGUGUACAAGGCGGAUGUGGCACGCCUGGUCGCCAGGCCGGAUCCCACGGCCGAGUGGAAGUCUGUGGUCAUCCUGGUGCCCGUGCGGCUGGGUGGCGAGACUCUCAACCCCGUGUACGUGCCCUGCGUGAAGGAGCUCCUGCGUUCCGAGCUGUGCCUGGGCAUCAUGGGGGGCAAGCCUCGGCACUCGCUGUACUUUAUCGGCUACCAGGAUGACUUCCUGCUCUACCUGGACCCCCACUACUGCCAGCCAACCGUGGACGUCAGCCAGGCUGACUUCCCCUUAGAGUCCUUCCAUUGCACCUCCCCCCGCAAGAUGGCCUUCACCAAGAUGGACCCGAGCUGUACGGUGGGCUUCUAUGCUGGAGACAGGAAGGAGUUUGAGAUGCUCUGCUCGGAGCUGACCAGGGUCCUCAGCUCCUCCUCGGCCACAGAGCGAUACCCCAUGUUCACCCUGGCCGAGGGCCACGCUCAGGACCACAGCCUGGACGACCUCUGCUCGCAGCUCUCCCAGCCCACGCUGCGGUUCCCUCGCGCCGGGCGGCUCCUCAAGGGCAAACGCCCGAGCUCCGAGGACUUUGUGUUUUUAUAAAGGGAGGGAUGGGGGAGAAGAUGCGACACUAUUUAUUUUUCUAUUUAUGUCACGCUGGGUGUGGAGCUUGAACUCUGGCGGGAUACGAUUUCCCCUUCUCGCCGCUGCCUUGACAAGCGCAACGAGUCCAGUCCAAGACAGCUCCGGGCUGGGGCCAUCCAGCCAGGGGCCGAGCCCUCCUCGCAGGGACGGAGGGCGGGCGGGCUCCGGGCACCCACUCAGGGCCUCACUCAAGUACUGUAGUUUGCGCUGGACGCCCGCGCCCCUCGCUGCUCCCCAAGCCUCCAUCCUACCAAGGGCCCGUGGCGGUGGGAGGGGGGAUGUGUGGCCGCCGGGGGCUAAUAAAGCCGUUGACUUGA